UUUAUGUUAUUUAUCAUUAUGCAAUUGAUACGUCAAUGUCACGUGACAGUUCUUAGUAGAUUUCAUAGUAUGUAGUGGAAUAUUUUUCAUAGCACAGUGAAGUCGUUUAUACUGAAGUACAUAAGUCUAUCUUUAAAGUCUUUUAUUAAAGACUUCCACGUAUUGAAAUAUCUUAAAAGUGUAUCAAGAUUUAAUUCAUCAAUCAUGAUGCCGGAUAUCGUUGAAGUAUCAAACAACAAGUGUUUUGGAGGAUGGCAAAAAGUAUUCUCUCAUCAAAGUGUCGAGUUGAAAUGUAAAAUGAAUUUCGGAGUAUACUUGCCACCACAAGCGGAGUUAGAACCAGUGCCGGUGAUUUAUUGGCUGUCAGGGUUGACUUGUACUGAAGCUAAUUUUAUUCAAAAAGCUGGAGCUCAGCGUUACGCAUCAGAACAUGGAGUUAUUCUUGUUAUUCCUGAUACUAGCCCACGUGGAGAGUGUAUUCCCGAUGAUCCAGAGUAUGACUUUGGUAUGGGAGCUGGAUUUUACGUAGAUGCGAUUCAAGAUCCGUGGAAAAAUCACUUUAGGAUGUACAGUUAUAUCACUAAAGAACUACCGACUCUAAUUAAUCAUAAAUUUCCAGUGAUUGCUGGUCAGCAAUCUAUUAUGGGUCAUAGUAUGGGAGGUCACGGAGCUUUGAUUUGUGCCUUUAAAAAUCCAGGGUUCUACAAAACAGUCUCAGCAUUUGCGCCCAUUUGCAAUCCUAUUGAAUGUGACUGGGGUAAAAAAGCAUUUUCAGGAUACUUGGGUGAUAAAAAUGAACAUUUUGACCUGUGGAAAGAGUAUGACGCUACACACUUGGUUAAAAAAUAUUCCGGACCACCGUUGGAUAUUCUUAUUGAUCAAGGAAAAGAUGACAAUUUCUUGAAACAAUUAUUGCCAGAAAAUUUGGUUCCUGGUGCGGCAAAUGCUAACUUAAUGUUAACCCUGAGAUCUCAAGAAGGCUAUGAUCACAGUUAUUUUUUCAUCGCUACAUUUAUUGAGGAUCAUAUUAAACAUCACGUUAAAUAUCUUAAGAAUUAGAACAACAUGUAACACUCAUUUUUUAUUAUAUUUUAUAUUCAUAAAAUAAUUACAACAUUCAA